AUGCUUGCUGCCUUGCGGAUAGCCCUGAUCAUCAACGUUCUUCUUCCACAAGCGGGUAGUACCUGUACGCCACAAGUGGAUGUUUCUGUUUUCCGGUGCAAUCACAUUCGACUUACCGAUGUACCGUCCAUCAUACAUAGAAAUACACUGGACUUGGAUUUAUCUCACAAUCUCAUCGAGGUGUUACACGAAGAUAGUUUCAGUCGGCUUGUCAGUCUGCGUCGUCUGUCGCUGAAUCACAAUCGCAUCUACAAAAUAACCGAACGAGCCUUCCUGCCUUUGGGACCAACCCUGGAAUUUUUGGAUUUGCGUAACAACCACUUGAUUUCUAAUCGUUUGACACCAUUCCCGGUGACAGCCCUAGCUUGUCUGAUAAAAUUGAAACGAUUGGAUCUAUCAGGAAACCCGAUCGGGUUUAUUCCAUCUGGAUUCCUGAAAAAUAUGGGUGCUACUUUGGAAAGGUUAGAUUUGGCCGGAAGCACUUUGAAAAUACACAUUGAACCAGGAGCUUUCAGUGGACUGGCUAAACUGCAUCACUUGAAUCUGGCGCACAAUGCAUUUAUUGAUCUGGGUAAACAAAGCUUUGAUGGUCUCCGUCCAGAAUAUAUUGUGCGGCUCAGUCUGGAAAACGUUCAAUGGGACUGUGACUGUCAAAUGUUGUGGUUUCGACGUUGGCUGAGUCUUGUUCCCCGAAAGGCAAUGUUCACCGAUUCACAUCCGGGUGGCGAAUGUGCAACACCGCCUCUGUUCAAGGGCCAAUCUUUACUCCAACUAAACCUGACCGAUUUACAGUGUGCUCCGCAACUGGUUGGCACUGUACCGCCUAGCGCUGAACUUGAUGCAUCCAGUCCAAUACAGGUCGUGGGAUUUAGCGGAUUCAAUCUGACCUUAGCAUGUACUUUUAUCAGCGAACCUAAAAUGCAGGUGGAAUGGUACCAGAACAGCGUGCUUAUUCAACCACACUGGAAAAGGUUGCAACAAGUCACAGACGCGGGAACCAAGUUUACAACAAGCUUACAUUUCACCAGUUUGGAUAAUGAGUUGGAUACGGGGCUAUAUCGAUGUCAGACAGCCAAUCAGAAGGGAAUAGCCGCGGCCAAUUUUGUGCUCAAAGUGGAAAACGGACUGGCCAAUGGCGAUGCAGCUGGAAACAAAAACAACCAACAGACCAAAGAAACGUCAAAAUUGUCAGGGCCAACUGAAUUUGGAAAGUAUAUUCUAAUUAUUGGUGCUAUCAUGGCUGCAAAUAUCACUUUCAUUAUUGCCGGUGUUAUAACUUAUUGUUGUAUUCGAACAAGAACACCUGUUCGUAGCAAGGAUCCCGGCCGGUCUGGGACCACUCAAAGUUGCUAUGACAAUAUGAUUAACAGAAGUCACGUGCAACGCCAUGAGGCAUUUUCCAGUCCUAUCUCGGCCGUUCAAAAUCCAUGUGCUCAGGGACUAUAUGAAAUCAACCAUUCCGGUCCACUUGGUACUGACCUUGGAAUCAAUAUGCACCCAGACUAUUCUAGUCUGGGACAGAUUGUGAAUUUACACAACACAUCUACUCUGUGCCCUCCAACACCGCACCAUCACCGAAUAGGCGUCUCUUCUCCACUGCUACAAAGUCCUUUUACUGUUCCAAUAUCAUCCCCAUCCCGAUUCAGCAGUGAUUUUGCUUCUGUCUCAAUUCAGCAAUGCGAUCUAUCCCCCCUCGUGUACGAGCAGACAAAUACGAACGAAUUCCUCCAACUAGAGAGUUCCCAAACACAGGUGCGAUCGCCCUUCUAUAAAUUAACUGUACAUCGAGACAACAAUCAUCUACCUGGUGAACUUAUCUACGUUCCGAGUAGUACACCACAUCACAGGACGCCCCCGUUGCCCAGUCAAACAAUAGUCAAUCCUCUGUGUCUAAAAGAAAUUGAUGAAAUGGUCAGCACGCGGUCGUCGGACAGUCCAUCUUCUGGAUCAGAUAUGUUAACAGAUGAUUUGGAGUUAUUAUGUCCAGUUCAUGGGAUACCAGCGGAUCAACCACCAGACACGACUCGACGGAAGAAGUUCAAACGAUCUAGUCCCGUUUGUGUGGUUCAUUCACGACCAAAUCCAACAAUUGAGCCAGCAUGUCCGCUGCACGGAAAGUCGCAGGACGCGAAACCCAGCAGAGACAAACACUUGUGCAACACAUUGCCCAGGAAUUUACACAAACCAUCAUGUCCGGUCUAUUACACAAAUCUCGGCCAGGCGAGAAACAGUUCUAGCAUUCUGAACAUGUCCCCAAGGGACACGACUGGGAACGCUUCAUUGAGGCGCUCAUGCAGAGGCAAUACACUACCUAGGUAA